GGGCGCUCCUUCCCCACAGUCGUCACCCAACCUCUCCACCGUUCGGACGUGGCUUAGCAGCUCUCCCUAAAACCCGAGGCCGCCCUACCCCGCCGUUCCUCCUCAACGAGCUCCUGUCGACGCCUUCUAACGAGUUCCUUGCCCUUCCUAGACGCAAGAAUGAGGAACUUGGUGCUCCUCGCCGCCCUCCUGGCCUGCGCCGUCGCCCUGCCCGAGCCGCAAGGAUUAUUCCGAGGUCGUAAGAUCGGCGGUAAUCGAGGAAACAAUAAUCGUCCAAGCAACCGGAACGCUUUCUCGGACGACAAGCCUACCCAGACCCGCGGUUCGCUCCAGGCUGCCACCCCCGCCACCACGCCCAAGCCCAAGAAGGAAGUCAGCUACGCCUGCAAUGAGAAUGCUUGCGCUCCCGGAUACUCCAAGUUCGAGAACAAGUGUUACAAGGUGAUCCAGACGGACACACCGAUCGACUUCUCAUCCGCGCAGAGGAAGUGCCAAGCCGACAACGCCGUCCUGGCCGCCGACAAGUCCAGCAAGAUCCACAACUUCCUGAAGGAUCUCCUGAAGCCGCACCUGUCGCAGACCAUCGACUCGCAGAACAACCGUGCCUUCCUGGGUCUUCUCUGCCAAGACGCCUGUGAAUCCCCUGCAAACUGGGUGUAUGCUGAUGGCUCCAGGUGCGAAGGCAACGAUUUCUGCGACUGGCUCAAGACCGGCUCCAGCAACGAAUGGAACUCCCUCCCCAACAGCCUGUACGGACCCUCCAUCGCCGCCAUGCUCGACGACUACCCCGACACCAACUUCCGCCACAAGCUCCAGCCUUACCCCUCUGACCACUCCCUCCAGUACAUGAUCUGCCAGAAGGACGCUGACAGCACCGAACACCUGAAGCCCCGCGACCUGAAGGUCCAGGAGCGUCUCGCCAACGUGGUCAUCGAGUGGGAAAGGCCUUCAUGCAGCGGCGAAUUCUCGAACUACAUCCUCGUCCUCCUCGGUGGUUCUGCCUCAUACGAUACUGAGAUGAAGUGCUCAGAAAACAAGUGUAGCUACACCCUGAACCCUGAAGUGUGCAACUACUGCAUCCUCCCCAACACCGACUACACCUUCAGCGUCGCCGCCGUCCUCUCGGAGUCUCAGCUCGGCCCCGCCAUCACUAUCAACAAGAAAAUCGACGUCGAGACCUGCCCCAACUUCGAGACCCCCAUCCACACCAUCUCUACCUGCCGGGGUGUUUCCGAAGUCGUCCACGAUGGCUCCUGCGACAACCAGAUCACCUGGAGCAAGGCCUACUCCUAUGGCCGCAUUAUGAAGCCCUUCUAUGUCACUGUCGGAAGGCAGAAAGAUUAG